AUAUUAUGGAAGCAGUGAUUCUCGUGAAGAGACGGAUGAGGAGGGAGGCGAUGAAGAAGAGUCGGGAUACUCACGGCCCAGACCUCCCCCUCAACCACAACGUGGAGGUCGUGGUCGGGGACCUCCGGGCGGACUACCACCGGGACAGGCGAAGAAACAACAGAAUAGGGAGACUGUAGUGUCAUAUGAGGGACCCUACAUAGACCAGAGGCCCCCACA